AUGGCGGAAGCAUUCGGUAUAGCUGGCAGCGCGUUCGGCACUGUCUCCUUAGGCCUGCAGCUCUUUAAAGAGAUUUCGCAAUAUGUCGAUGACAUUGACGGCCGUGACGAAGAUCUAAAGGAGGCACGCAACUACGCGAUUAACGUUCAACUCUCACUAAAUGCGCUUGAUAUUGCGAUAUCUAACGCGCCUACUGGCGAUCCUGCAACCAAAAAUGCAAUCGACUCCUGCAAAGCAUCAUGCGUCUCUGCGGUAAACAAUUUGUUGGCAGUUGUAAAAGAACUCAGAGGCCCAACAGUUACUUUGCCGAACAGCAACGCUGCCAGGGCCAAAGAGCUUUGCGCCAAAUUGAAAUACCCUUUCAAGAAGCAGAACAUCGAAAAGCUCGAGGAAACUCUUUCGCGUACGAACAGUGCUCUGCAGACUCUAUUGCAGGUAUUUCAGGUGUAUGUCUAA